UUACCGUUUUGAGACCUGGAAAACUAGCGCUGCAGACAGUAGGAUCUGAAGUGCGGCAGUGGUUUUGUUUUGGAGGUGGGGUUAUGGCUCAGGGAAGCUGGGGGAAGGGUGAGUCGUAUAGCAUUUCGCCAGCUGGAUGCUGUGUGUGUGUGUUCACAGACUGCCAGGAUGCGAGUGGCAGAGCAGUAAAAAAAAAGCUCUAAGGAACCUCGGGGAAAGAGGAAUUAAUUGUGAGUGUCGUGUGUAUUUACAUUUGGAGAUAUUCAGGAUUCCCCCCCCCCCCCCACCCCGCUUGGGUUCUGUGAAAUCCUUACAAGAAGCCUUACUUCCGGACCGUCGACAAAAAAAAAAUCUCGAUAUCUACAGAAAUACACAAGAGUGUUGCAGAGAAAUCUUUGAGAUCGAUAACUGCAGCGGAAGAAGCGAAACACAGCAAGGAAGGAGGUGGAAAAGGCACGGAAGGUUUAAAGGGCACACUCUCUCCAUGACGGCAGGGAAGUUUCUAACGAGCCCUAGAGGGUUUUUGUGAAUGUUUCUCAGCCCCACAGUGAAUCGCGUGGAGCAGGACAAUAGAAGCGUCUGAUAUUCUCUCUCUCUCUCAGUAACUGACCCUAAAAUUGCAUUGCAGCUGCAGGGCUCCUCUCUCUUUUGGUUUAACAAAGGGGUUUUGAUUUUGCUUUUUGCCUAUCCUUUUCCAUUUGGGUUCAUCUUUAUAUUCUCUCUUGCAAUUUAUUGGGAUUUCUCUCUCUCGCACACGCACACACACACACACACGCAGCGCGAACAUGGCUGUUGCUGCAGGAGGGCUAUUCCACAACGGGUUGCUGAAUCCCCAGCACGGGGUGCCGAGUGAACCCCAGAUCGCCGAACUCUGCCGCAGUUUGGAGGUGGGCACUGUCAUGACCGUCUUCUACUCCAAGAAGUCCCAGCGGCCCGAGAGAAGGACGCUGCAGGUAAAGUUGGAGACCCGUCAGAUCAUCUGGAACCGGGGAGCCGAGAAAGUGGAAGGAGAAAAUUGAACAUAUUCACAAAAAGCUGCCAGUGGCUGACCAACACUGUAAACAAAUGGUGAAACUAAAACUAUGGCC